CUUCAGGCAGGCGAUGUUUCUGUCARGUUGUUCAACCCUCAAACAUUCGAUUUGACUGUAUUUAUUAACGAAAACCCUUGAUAGAACCCUUGGAUUCAACGCAAGACUCCUAGUUUACAUCAUGAAGGAAUCACAAGGAGAUUUUAAUGGUGUUUAGUGGAAGAUUUUGGUGAAAAUGUACCCGUUUAGGAAGGAGUUGGUUGGCAAACGGUUUCUUUGUGUACGCGACACAAGAUCAAAUAGUAGCAGACCAAACUCACGAUCAAACAGACUCUCAAAUCCCUUAGAUUACGAGUGGAAAUGUGGAAUUAUAAGAGCUUGUACUGAGCAAGACAGCAGCCACCAAGAUCAAAAGGUUUUAGUUGAAUAUGACAAUGAGGAUUGGACGACAAGAGAGUGGUUACAUGUCUAUAGUGAUGCGUGGAAGCUAUUUCUGGUUGAAAAAGAUAUGGUUUGGGCCCAACGGUAUGACCCUAACUACCCCAGAAGAUCUCUUCUGUGGCCUGCUUUGACAUUCUAUCCACUUGUUGACAAGCAUGGUUUGGAUGAAAAUCAGUCAAUAGGUGUGGAAUUCUUGGGCGAUCAUGUYAGGGCAUUUUGUCAGACUAAUGAGAUGAGACCAUAUCAAGAAGAUGAUGGCUUACAACCAGCUCUGAGGAAUAACAGUAAAGUUUUAGAAGAGCUUGUUAACUGGCAGACAUUACAGAAAUCUCAAGGCAUUCUAAUAUAUGGACCAUUUACGCUGACUGGUUUUAGAGUUCAAGUCUACAGAGAGAAAUGUCGGCAAUGGUUUUCUGCUGUAAUUACAUCACAUGACCUUAUAACCAGGGAAAUGGAUGUGAUGGACGAUACUGUCUUACAGACUCACAGGAUCAAUCCCAGAUUGGUAAUGGUCUUAUUAUUAGCUAAUGGGGUUGAACUAGAUAGCAUGUUACGAGGGGAUUUAGUAAGAGUGUUACCAGUUAGAAGGAAUCGCCAGUCACAAGUUGUCAUUACUUCAUCAUAUACUUCAACUACGCCAAGCUGUACCACCGGCAAUUCGAUGUGGCAGUUUUUAAAUGAUAUGUGUAGAGAUUCACCAUCAAACCCACCAGCCCAGACAUCUACCAGUACUUAUCAAACACAAGCCUUACGUAGCCCUCCAGUUAACAUGUCAACAGCAGCAAAAAAUACUUCUUCUGGUGAAGAACGAAGAGCAAGUGAAGCUUCUAGAAACAACAAAAAUCUGGCAUCCAGAGAUCCAAAGCCUACGACUGACAAAGAAGUGGCUAGUUUAGAAUCAAAGUCUGGUACUUAUGAUGGUAUGGAACAAGAUAGAAARAGUAUGAAGCAUGGUUCCAUUUCUCUAUUCCAACAUGAGCAUGAAAACAGUACAAAGAACCUUGGUCUUCAAAAGCCCAAUACUUCACCAGUCAGAACUCCUUUUCCGCAUUCAUCACCRCUGAGGCCUCCAAUCCCAAGUCCUAUUCAUUAUCAAUCUCCUUACAGUUCCUUGGAGAACCUCUCAAAUUCCAGUUCUAGUCCAGUACAAAAUAGAUCUCCUCAGCGACCAUUUGGAUCUCCACCAAAGUCCUCUCCUGGACCUUCGAGUGGUACACUCCUCAGAGCUUCUCCUCUUAAGAGUAGUAGAUCACCACCUAUCAUUCUAGAUCACAAGCAACCACAUUUUACACCACCUAAGAGACAGUUUACUCCUCCAUCAUCUUCAAGCUUUUCUCCUUUGAGAUCAAACAAAUUAAGUCCAGUUUUAAGUAGUCCUUCCCUGCAUGGUCUUAUCAACCUGCAAAAUAGUGGACUUUCACCAGGUCAUAGCCACGAUCCACAUCAAUUGAUGGGAGCAUUUGCCUGCUCUCCCAGACAUUCUCCACCAAAUGUAUUAACCAGUCAGUUGUAUGCACUUCAGCUUCAACAACAACGACAGUUACAAGAUCAGCAACGCCAGCAGCUUCAACAUGAUCAAAUUCUCUCGCAAUUUCAUAUGCAGAUGAAUCAACUACAGCAAAUGGCUGACCAGUUGAAAUCUUGCCAACAAGGAAUGCUUUCCCUUGAGCAGAGGGAAAUGCUUAAUCUUUAUUACAACCAAAUAAUGUCUCAGUACCAACAGGCCAGCCUUAUAAAAUAUCAUUCAGCAGCAUCACAGGACAGUACAAUUCUGUCUACAGACCAACAAAUGCAAAUGCUUAGGGAACAAAUGCAAUUCRAAUUCCUUUCUGACCAGCAAAAGCAGGACAGUUAUAAAUUGUUGCACACCGUUCCAGAAAAAGACCAAUUCCAGUCAAUGUUGUCUCAUAUGCAGCAAUACUCAAAUGUGUAUACAGAGUUAAGUCACAAGAGGUCAAAUGACAAGGCACAAAAUCAGGAGGAAGACAGUAUUAAAGAUCAUGUUGCAAGACUGAAAAAGUUUAUCCCUAAUAAACAGRAGGAACUGAAAGCUAAUUCUCAAACAGCCAGCACAUCACCUUCUUUGGGCACCAAACCUAAAAAAGAUACUGUUAUGUCAAUACCUAACACAUCCUCCAGUUCUUUAACAUGCCUGGCUUCAUCAAAAGAAAGUACAAUAUCUAAAGCUGCUGCGGUUUCUAUAUUGCCUUUAAUGCAGAGUGUAGAAAAAGAUCACAACAAAACCGAUGAUCAAAAAGUAGUUGAUGCAUUGGUCAAAAAACCAAGUGUCUCAGAGUGUCCGUCCACCAGUACUGUUGAAACCAACAAGUCUUCCAUUCCCUUAAUGGCUACAGGUCAAGAAAAUAUAUCAAGCUCUAUUCUUUCUCAAACUAAGAAUAACACCUACAAGCUUGAAGAUCAAUUUUCUACUCAAGAAAUAAAGAAAAGUAAGGUUUCUCCUAAAAAGGAGGAUGACCCUUUUGGAUUCAAUAGCAUUGGAGAUGAUGUUAACAAAAAACCAUCCUAUGCAACAGUGACUAAUUCAAGUGAUAACAGCAGUAACAAAUUAUCAACAACUUCAAGCAGUAAGAAUAAAAGCAAGGGAAAAAAGACUGCAGUUUUGAGCACACUAGCAGAUCAUUCGGUUAAGCAUUCUCAUAAUGAAGCAGUUGAUGAAACAGGAGCAGCCAAGUCAGAGGCAACCAAUAGUCGUGAGUCUGUUAUAAAGUAUGUUGUAAACAAAUCUGAACCACUAGUCACUAGUUUGAACAUUCCUAACAAAGAAACCUCCACGGCGACGUUAGACACUGAAACGCUGCCAUUCUCUGUAGAUCAGUUAUUAGAAUUUCACAAAACAUCUGCUCAGGCAGCAGUGAAAGUAUUUGAACGAACUAAUGAAGUGGCAGAGCCAAAAUUGUCUGAUACUAACAAAAAGCAGGGCAAGAAAAGGAAAAAAGACAGAACAUUAGAGGAUAGAGAUAACGAUAAAAUUCCAAUAAAGAAGUCAACAAAAAGUGCUAAGCAAUCAAAAAAAAGCAAACAAAAAGUGGAUGAGUCAAAGCAAGAACUGAGUGGAUGUCUUGAAAACGAACCCACACUUCAGACUUCUGAUUUGUUAAGUAAAGCUGAUGACCAUGAUUGCAAAAAACAGAAGACAGGCUAUCAGAAAUCACUUGAAAAUAAUUCUUCAAAACCUCUAUGUAGCUUUUUCCAAAACAUCAAUGAAAAUGAAAUGAAAUGCAAAGAUGGAUUAAAAGAGCAGGAAAAAGAAAUAUUGUGUACUGAGAAUAUAUCUAGGAAUGCAGACAAAAUGCAGGACUGGAGGUUAAUGAAGCAGCUCUCUGCAACAGAUACAGUAGUUUCAUCCUAUAACAGUACAAAAUCAGCUGUCCCUGUAAACUUUGUUGCAGAUCAAGCAGUUAAAACUGUGACUACAGUCAGCAGAGCUUCUGAACCUGUAUUGGCUUCAACCUUGUGUGGAACAGAGUACGUGGUCGAACAGAUUGAAACCUCUAGUGAAGCAGCAUCAGGCGAUAGUGCUACUUUUAAAUCUGAGGUGACCAGGAAAAGAAAGAAGAGCAGAAAGGUUUUAGAGAAUGAACUCGUAUUGGACCAAGAUAAGCUCAAGGAAGAAGAGAAUGAAAAGCUGAAAAAGAAAUUGUCAAAGAAAUGUCAUCAGAUGAGUGAAAAGGUAGACRAGAAAGAGAUACCUGAAAUUGUUGAUCAAGAAGAACAAGAAAGAUUUGUAAGUGAAUCCAAGAAGAAGAAAAAGAAGAAGAAAAAGGAAGAGCCAUCUGAAGAUUCAAAAGGGAAAGAAAAAAAGGACAAAGAUACUAAGAAAAAGAAGAGUAAAAAGAUGGAAAAUGGGAUACUAACAACAGACUCUAAACUCAACGACACCAAUAGGAUGGGAGAAAUGCCUAAUGAGAUUGAAAAAGCACUUUUGCAAUGUGACAAUCAGGAAAUGGAUGGACAAAAAGAUGAUUUACGAAAACAUUUUGGAGAAGGAAAAUACGUAGAAGCUCCUACAGAAGUAAGGAAUCAGGAAUCUAAAAAAAUACCUGAUAUUAUUGAUCCUAUAAAAGCAGAAAGCCAGAAAAGUUUUAAUAUUAAAAAGUCUCAGAAAAUCAAAAAUGACAAAGUAGUGGAAGGCAACAAAGAUGAAAAGAUGAAGAAAGAAAAGAAAGUUAAGAAAAGGAAGACAAAAGAACCAACAGAUGAAAUGAUUAAAGAUACAAGGACAGCUGAAAAGCCUGCAGUCACAAAAAAUGAUUCUUGUAGAGGAGAGGAUAUUAAGAGAGAUGUGYCAGACUCUAAUGCAACUGCUGAGAAAAAAGAUAAAAAUCAUCAGGAGAAUGAUAAGAAUGAUGAAGAGAUUGCUGAAAGGAAGAAGAUAGAUACAGAGACAGCACCAAACAACCACACAGUAAAUGAUGAAAAAAUGGAAAGCGAUAACAGCAUGAAAGUUGAAACUGAAAUAAAAGAAGAAGAGAAAUCAGAAGAGGUGAAGAAAAAGACCACUGGGAAAAAGAAAAACUUAGAAAAGAAAAAAAGUAUCAAGAGAAAACAAGAUACAACGUCUGAAGAAUUGGAAGUACAUAGCAAAAAGAAGAAAAAGRUUAAAGAGCCAGCAGAAGAAUACUUUCUUCAGAACUCAGGUUGCCUGGCAUUUUCAAAGCUUCCAAGAUGCAGAGACUGCCGAGACAAAGAAGAAAAGCCUGCAAUGAAUUCUCAAGUGUGCUGCAGAUUCACCUUAUUUAGAAGGCUCAAAAAGAAGAAAAGAUCUGAUAAAGUUCAAGUUGCAGGAUUUUUGUCACCAGAAAAUGCAGAACCAGAUGAUUUUGAGCCUUGGGUGGCACAUCAAGAAGUCAUCGAUAUCUUGAGUAAAAAUGAAGCUCUAUACAUCCUCAACAAUGUUGCUGAWGAGUUUUGUUCUUUGGUAAAAGAAGAAAAAAGAGCCAGGACAUUGGUAGCUGACGGAAGUUUUGUUGCCUACAAAAGAGCUGUGACYGGUCUUCGUGAGAUGUGUGAUGCUUGUGCCACUACGAUAUUCAACAUUCACUGGGUGUGUCAGAAGUGUGGCUUUGGUGUUUGUUCAGAUUGUUAUGAGUUGAGGAUAAAAGAAAAAACAAAAACUGAAAAGAAAUCAUUCGAGUUCAAGUGGUUCAACUGUAUGCCAGGACUCACUCAUCAACCAAAAAACCUUACCAUUGCUCAGAUUAUUCCCGGUGAAGUCUUGACUGAUCUUUCUAAGGAGCUCCAUUGCAUCCGAUCACAAUGGGACAGUGGAAGAAAAUGUCCUUGUAAUUAUGAGCAAUUGAAUGGUGAUAUUGUGACCCAAUAUGAUAAUGCUCUCAUCAAGAAGGAUGAUUCUGAGCCCCAUAAUGUGGUAAUCCAGUCAGGUAAUGCUUGCAUCAAGAAGGAGUCUGAUUCUGAGCCUGCUAGUGUGACCCAAUACAGUAACCAAUGCAUCAAGAAGAUACCAGGUGAGAUCCAGUCAGAGAAUGCACACACCAAGGAGGAGGACAAUAAACAUGAAAUUAAACAAGAGACAAAAGAACAGAAUGACGGCUCAGUGGAAACAGUAACCAAAAAAACUAUCAUGGAGAGAGUAAGAGAGAGAUUACGAGAAAAAAUAAAAGCCCAGGAAACAGGGUCAACUGAAACACAGGUGCAAGAAGACCAGAUGGAGCCAGAAUCUGAUUUGGAAGAAACAAGUGGUGUAUACAUUGCAGAAUCUGAUUUGGAGGAAACCAGUGUAAAGACAAGUGAAGAGUGCAAUGAAAACACAAGAAAGACCAAUGAAAUGGUUGAUGAUAAAGCUGCUGUUAACAUGUCCAGUGGUCUGAGUUUACUAAUGAGUUAUGACUCAUCUUCUGAAGACUCCCCUCCCACGACACCCAACAAACCUUCAUCAAGUGGUAGUUCAUUUGACUUCAAUCUUGGUCUACUUGCAUUUGUUGCAAGUACCGAACAAGAAAAGAGAUCAAGUGACGUAUCAAAUGCCGACCAGCAAGUUCAAGAACAAGAACAGGAAAAACAACUAGAGAAAGUUGAAGAUAGUGGUGAAGUAAAAGAAAAACUUGAAAAGAAUAAAAUGUUGGAUUGGUUUAAGAAAGCCGAGGAAGAGCACAAGAAAAAACCAGAGAAUGAUGAGAGCUGUGAAGAAACCAAAACAUCAGCAGGAGAAAGUACCAGCUCAGCAGUUACAAUGGAAAGUGAUACAUCAAGAGAUCAACACAUGUUAGACACACCAAGAAUUACAGAAGAAUGCCCUGCGCCAUUUUCUCUUCUUUGUAAUGGACGACUUUUAAGGUUGCAUAAACCCCAUCACCCUGGCAACCAAAAUGCCUUUGCAAAGAGAUGGAAAGAGGGCAAGCCUGUCUUGGUCAGCGGCAUUGAUACCUUACUUGAUCGCAACGUCUGGUCACCUCAGUCUUUCGAAAAUGAGUUUGGUGACGAGUUGGCUGAUGUGGUCAACUGCCGCACAGGAAAGACUUUAGAGAACUUUAGUGUCGGUGCAUUUUGGAAAGGAUUUGAAAGCAUUGAAGAUCGAAUAAAAGAUAGUAAUGGGGAACCCAUGCUCCUUAAGCUGAAGGAUUGGCCCCCUGCUGCUGAUUUCAGUGAAAAACUGCCGUCAAGGUUUAACAAUUUGAUGGACCACAUUCCAUUACCUGAGUAUACACGUAGAGAUGGAUCUAGGAAUCUUGCAUCACGGCUGCCAAACUUCUUUGUCAAACCAGACCUUGGACCCAAGAUGUACAAUGCUUAUGGAUCUGCAGCAUUUCCUACGGAAGGCACAACCAACUUGCACAUUGACAUGUCCGAUGCUGUUAAUAUCAUGGUGUAUGUUGGAGUUCCUCGAGAAAAAUGUGCUGGUGAACAGGAAAGAUUAGAUGCCAUCAGAGCCGUUGAUGUUGCCUGUGAUGAGAUACAGCAGCAAAGAGUACGAAGAGAAACUGCCAGAAUUGGUGCUUUGUGGCAUAUAUUUGAAGUCCAUGAUGCUGACAAAAUAAGAGAGUUUCUUCGUGAGAUUGCUAAAGAACGAAAGUUAAARUAUCCAGCACACCACGAUCCAAUACAUGAUCAGUGUUUUUAUUUGGAUCUUGAGAUGCGUACACGAUUAAAGAAGGAGUAUAACGUGGAAGGAUAUGCUAUCUGUCAGUGCUUGGGGGAUGGUGUGUUCAUCCCAGCUGGAGCUCCCCACCAGGUUCGGAAUCUCUAUAGCUGCAUCAAGAUAGCUGAGGAUUUUGUAUCUCCAGAGCGUAUUGGACAGUGCUUUAAAACGACUCAGGAGUUUAGACACUUAACUGACAAGCACACUAAUCAUGAGGACAAAUUACAGAUUAAAAAUAUCAUAUACCAUGCUGUAAAAGAUGCUGUAUAUACCCUAAAGCACCAUGAAUCACAACAAACAAAUGAAAAUUAAAACCUACUGCUCGAAUCUUUCUGUGAAAGUUCAUCUAGAAUCUGUCAUAUUGGUAUCAUAUUUCUACGUUUAUUAAUCCCUCGGCUUUAUUAGAAAGUAUGCUGUAAAAUAUAUACUACAUCAGACUAAGGAAUAUUUAUAGCAAAUCCAUUAAAUAUAAUAAUUUAUCAAAAUAACGAGAAUGUAUUUCUUUGGCAUAAUUUUAUUUAGUCAUAAAUAAUACACAUUUUGUCAAAUGUACAAGUAUUUUCCUUGGAGCGUGAAAUAUUCAUUAAAUAUGAGAUAUUUUUGCA